CGCUCGCUGCUGCAGCUGCUGGAUUCGGGGCUUGCGGGCCCACGACCCUCGAUCGUCCCCCACCUCUCGCUGCGUGCCGUGUUGCAGAAAGGGCAAGAAAGGAACAAGCAUUUAUUCAGCGCGCCUGAUACGUACCGGACACUGUGCUAACAAUUUUACGAAAAUCAUCGUUUGAUCUUUACAAAAACCCUGUGAGGGUCUGAAGGAUCGAGUGGCCCAAGACAGAAUCGAGCUGUUGGCUGUCUUACAGAAGAGCCUUCCUACCAUGAAGCACGUGCUGAACCUCUACCUGCUGGGCAUGCUGUUGUCAUUCCUCUCCAUCUUCGUUAGGCUGAUGGAGUCUUUGGGGGGGUUACUUGAAGGUUAUCCCUUCCAUAGCCACUGGCUCAGCAGGAGCCAAAGAGCUAGUAUUAAUCCACCCAAGGGGCUACCUGACAAACGCCUACUUCCAACUAAAGCUGUGAGACCAUACUUAUGAUGGUUUUCAUCUAAAGGUGACAUUGUUCCAAGAAUCUAAUUUAAACCCAUCUCAAGCAUCAUCAGAUUGUGUUCCAGGAAUCUAGGCCUGGCAUCCAGCCUGUGCAGCAUAAAGGAAUGGUCCAGUAUCUCAGGGAGUUAAAAAGCCUCCCUGACCUUGAAUGCAUUGACUUUUGGCUGUUCCUUCUUGCUCUGGACAGAUGGAGGAGAGAUUAGUCCUCUAUGGCAGGGUUUCCUGACCCAGGGUCUGUGGACAGAUUUCAUUCAAGUUGGUGAACUUGGAUGGGGAAAUUUUUUUUUGUUUUUAUUUAAUUUCAUUUUUACUAACUUUUAACUGGCAGUUCGAAUUUUCUUCAAUUAUUUAAAAAUGUUAUCCUGAGAAGGGGCCCGUAGGUUUCAUUAGAAAAACGGGGCAAUGUCACAAAAGAGAUUAAGAACUCCUCCACUGCCUUCAUUGAAUUGUGGGACUGGUUUGGAGGAAGAGGUUCCAUAAACAUGUCCCUUGAAACUCAUGGCCUUCGCUCCCUCCAGUCCCCACCUCCAUUCUUAUCUGUGAUGUGAUUGGAGGGUAUCACUAGUUCAGGGGACUAGACGAGAAUGCUUUGUGGGAGGAACAGUUGUAGACUGAUAUUGUGAGCAGGGGUAGCUGGGCCUUCACUUGGGAAGGAAGCCAGGGACCUCACUUGGGAGAGAGCCUUGCCCAUCUUAGGAGAGAUCAGGAAGAGUUCUCCGGGCAUUGCCCCUCGUGGGAAGGGAGAGGAAUAGGGAUAAUGAUUGCUCCCUAAAAUGUCUCUGGAGCUCACUGUUCUGAUUGGCCUUCAGAAGGAUCUUUCUUCCCAGGUCUGGUUAGCAGGUUAGGAGGAGGAGGGGCAGCUGUUUGAUUUCCUGUUCCUAGUAUAGACCAUGUUUUCUAUCCUGGUUGCUUUUUUUCCUGCUCCCACCCUGCAGGGGAAUACCAGAUGGAAGCCACCAUGUGGCUUCAACUUUUUUUUUAAUUAAUGCAAUAAAGAUGAUAUACCUUU